UUCGUUCCGCUCUAUUGGACAACUAUUGUUUUGGAUACAUCAUUUUGCCUCGUCUCUAUAUAGAACAAAGUUAAAAUGGUACUAGAUAUCAAGUAUUUCAGAAACAGCAACCUCCUACAGCUCCUCAGAGCCUCGGAAUCACGUAGGUGUGUCGCCAACUCUAUGGUCGACUCGGUGAUCGCGGCAGACGAGGAAUGGAAAAGAGCUAAUCAUGCUUAUGAGCAAGCAAAGAGACAUUAUAACGAAAUUUCAAAGAAAAUUGGCAUGGUUGUAUCCAAUAAAAUCCCAGCGGUUGAUGCAGAUGGGAAUUCUAUCGAGAAAUCGGUUCUUAUAGAACAGCUAAAGGGAGAAGCCGAGAGCCACAAGUCAGAACUGGCAGAUCUGUUAAAUAAGGCAAAUGCCCUUAGUAAAAAUCGUGAUGUGUUGCUGAGAUCUGUUGGUAACAUCGUAUCAGAAGAUACGGUAGCAUCCAAGGAUGAGGAUGAAAAUGCAGUUGUAUCACAUUGGGAACCAUCAAAGUACGGUUGGGAAGAUUAUAUCCAAUCUCGUGAUAUAAAGGAGUACAGUACAACCGAGACUAAAACCGUGGGCGAACAUGGUAUACGUCUACCUCCAUGGCCUGUAUUAAGCCACUGUGAUGUGAUGCUUAACCUUAAUGGAGUAAACCUUAAGAAAGGUAUUGAGGUUGCCGGACACAGAGGCUAUUACCUUAGGGGACAGUGCUGCUUACUUAACCUGGCCAUAAUACAGUACGGUAUAGACUUCCUUACACGCAGGGGUUACGAUGCAGUCAUGCCACCUUAUUUCAUGAAGAAGGACAUUAUGCGCGAGUGUGCCGAAUUAGGUGAUUUCGAAGAGACUUUAUACUGUAUACCUCCAUUGAGGCACAAUGAAAGUAGUGCCAGCAAUGACAACAAUCAUCCUAGCACAGAACUUAAGGAUGAAGAUUACGAACGUGAGAAGCUGUACCUGAUAGCCACUAGCGAGCAACCUAUUGCUGCGCUUCACAGGAAUGAGACGUACUCAAUAAAGGAGUUGCCCCUAAAGUAUGCAGGUCUCUCCACGUGCUUCAGGAGGGAGGCAGGAGCACAUGGUCGUGACCUAAGGGGAAUUUUCAGGAUACAUCAAUUCCAAAAGGUAGAGCAGUUUGUAGUCUGUGGCGCGGAGGAUUCGUGGAAACAUCAUGAUGAAAUGAUUAACAUAUCAAAGGAGUUCUACCAAUCGCUAAAUCUUCCCUACCGAGUGGUAUCCAUAGUGGCAGGAGCACUCAACAAUGCGGCAGCAAAGAAAUAUGACCUCGAGGCAUAUUUCCCAGAAAUGGCGGCAUACCGUGAACUCGUGUCGUGUUCAAAUUGCACUGAUUACCAAUCUUGCGACCUUAAUACAAAAUACUUUGAGAAAGACACGUCCCAGAGACAGCUCUGUCAUAUGUUAAAUGGCACGCUGGUAGCCUCCCAGCGUACGUUAUGCUGUAUUCUGGAAAACUACCAAACACCACAUGGACUUAUUGUACCCAAGGUAUUGGUUCCGUAUAUGGGCGGUGUGGAGUUCAUUCCAUAUGCCGAAAAGAAAAACAACGAAUAGAUCACAGAUGGGUUACUUCAUUAAUGUUGCUAGCGUAUAGAAUUACAAUCAGGUGGAGUUGAUAAAUGUUUGUAGCAUUGUAGAUUACAACUAACAUAUG